CACAGAGGACCGAUAACUCACAGGAGGAGGACCGACCUGCUGACGAAGGAGAGAAGACUUCAGUUUCUAACUUAAUCAGCCUUUUGUUACAGUCUGCACAGAUGGAGAACAUGAAGAGCGCCAGGAAAGAAGACACAGGGGACGUCGGCAGUGAUUUAUCAGAGCAGAUCAAAGCAGCCACUAAGACCAACCACAUCAGAGCUGAGAACACACAGCUGAUGUUGAGCUACCAGAAGGGUCAGAUCACGCUGCCGCAGUACAAGGUGCUGCUGUGUUCCCUCUACGAGAUCUACAAGGCGCUGGAGGAGGAGCUGGACAGGAACUGCUCCCAUCCAGCCGUGGCUCCGAUCUACUUCCCUCAGGAGCUCGCCCGUCUGGAGUCGCUCGAAAGAGAUCUGGAGCAUUUUUUCGGCUCGGAGUGGAGGAAGAGGGUGAUUGUUCCUGCAGCCACACACAGAUACCAACAGAGACUACGACAGAUUGGCAGAGAGAGCCCAGAGCUGCUGGUGGCUCACGCCUACACUCGAUACCUCGGCGACCUAUCAGGAGGUCAGGUGCUGGGGAAGAUCACCCAGAAGUCUCUGGGGCUGAGCAGCAAAGAGGGGCUUUCUUUCUUCUCCUUCCCCGGCGUGAGCAGCCCACACCGCUUCAAGCAGCUGUACAGGGGCCGCAUGAACAGCAUCGAGCUGACGGAGCAGGAGAGGGCGGCGGUGCUGGAGGAGGCCGUCGCCGCCUUCGAGCUCAACAUCCAGGUUUUUGAUGACUUGCAGAAAAUGCUGAGUGUCACAACAGCGGACCAAUCAGAGAGCAGCGCCGUCAAAGCCACCAUGUUCCCGUCUUCACCCGUCAUGAGGAUCACCGUGGGAGUGUGUGUGGCUCUGACCACUAUUGGGAUGGGACUCUACGCCAUGUAGACUUUGCCUUUACAUUUAUACGCACACAUGGCACUUUAAUAACGCUUCAUGCAACUCGUGAAAUUUAUAAACCAUCAAAUCAGCUGAACAGAUUAUUUUCUACUCGUCAUUUGUAUAAAGUUCAUGAAAACAAUCAUAUACUGUCUGUUUUUUUAUGAUUGCUGUUGAAUAAAAUCAGAAUUUGAA